GGCGGUUCGGUGAUUGGCCUGGGCGUCUAUCAGAACGCUAUAAAACCUUGGUUACCCUCAUAGAUACCUUGGACACAAGGGACAAUAGCAGAUCCGUAUCGAGGAGAAGAAAGAACAGAGAAAAUGAAAAUCCUCUUGGUUUUGUCAAUAUCGUUUGCUGUUGUGGCUUUGACCUACGGCUGCGAAUGUAGCAUAUCUCUCCCAGUGAGGGCGGGCUCCAGCAGCAGCAGUUCAAGUAGCGCGGUCGUGGUCAACGGCAUCAUACCGUGCUCGUGUGCGGGUGGCACCGGCCCGGGCGGCCUCAGCGUAAAUAGCCCUGAAAGCUGCCAAAUGCCAUUUAUAAAUCUCCAUGGUAAUUCAGUAUUGAUGAUGGGUGGAUCAAGCUCAUCCAGUUCAUCUAGUUCCAGUUCCAGCUCCAGUUCGAGUAGCAGCGACUGUUAAUAAUUUGCUAUAAUACAGGGUGUUUCUUAAAACUUAGUACGGGAAACAUUCUCUGUGUCAAGUUUUAAGAAGCACUCUGCAUGUACAGGAUUUCGAAGAUGAAAUGUAUUAAUACGUGUAAUCCUUAUGAUCGGCAGGGACGAUUGGCGCAAAAGCACAGCUUGAUAUUUCUUUGUACAUUAUAAAUGCACUGUAGCAAUACA